AUGAUUGUUCUGAUACCACAUGCACAUAAAAUACUUUUGGUCAUCAUCCUAGAAUGUUUGAAAUCAUUCCUUGAACAAGAAAUAGCUAAAGAACAGAUUGGCUUUAGAAGUGGAUAUGAUCCUUCUCCUGCUGUUAUCAAAAGUAGACCUGAACACACAUCUAAUAAAACUGGUGGUAUUGUUGUGCUCUCAUGUGAGGUAAUGGGAAAUCCUGUUCCAAAUGUUAUUUGGAUGAAAACUAAUGUGAACAACAAAACCAUUCAAGUACCUGAUGAUGACAGUAGUAUUUCAUCAUUGAUUCGUGGGGGUCCAGAACCGCAUGAGAAAACUGCUUGGAUUCAAAUUAUUAAUUUGCAUAAAGUUCAUGAAGCUGACUACACCUGUGUUGCUUUCAAUGAGUUAGGUAAAGAUAAAGCAACUGCCCGUGUCAAGGUCAAGGAUGGAGAACACAAAAGAAGAAGAACUAAGCGAAAAAAUCCUGAAGUAAAUUAAGUUUGUUUUCGCAAUAUUUCUAAAACAUGAAGAAGAAAAGCAGAUAAUCUAUUGACAAGAUGUUAUUAAUUCAUAAUGUACUCUAUGAAUUAAACUUGUCUCUAUAAUUCAGAGACACUAUAUAUAAUUUAGAGAAAAUAAAUAUAAACUGAUGUAAUACUGCAAUUAAACAUGAUAGCAAUUUUAAUCACAUGCUAUAUAUAGGUUUUCCUUAUAGAUACAAAAUUUCUGUUUUUCUGUUAUUUUGUCAAAAAUUCAAGUAAAAUUUCUGAAAUAAUUUGAAAAUGAAUUAUAGAAAUGUCUUUUUCACGAAUUGUCUUCUUUUACUUCCUUUACGAACAAAAGCAAGUGCAUGCCUGAGAUUUAUUAAAUGUAUUAAAAUCAUGGAAGAAAUUAAAUUUCAUAAAAAAUUUUUUAGAGAAAGUAAACUAGGAAAUAAUUUUAUCUCCUCAACCAGAAAAAAAACCCAAAAAACAACCUCAAAUAAAAUAUAAUCUUACCCAUUCUGUGGAUGAAAUCUCUUUAAUUUCACCACAGACAGAAAUUCUAGACAAGAAUUUGUAGAUGGAUAAUUAGUGUUAAUAAGACUUUCAUUCAAAGGGACAUAUGAGCUCACCACAGAUUAUCUAUUUAGUCUUCUAUGGUUUGAAUAGAAGAAAAUAUAUAGCUAUCCCCAUAACAGUUUCAUUUAACCAUAUGCUAAUUUGUUCAAAGAUUAAUAUUACAUCUUGUUAAUAAUCAUGACCUAUAUGAUAUCACCAACGGAUUUUCAGCUAUAAUAAAAUACUAAAAUAUGUAAUUUAUAUCUAAAACCUUUGUUUAGAGUCAUCAUUUUGAUGUGCUUGUUAUGUUCAAAAUUUUGCAUCAUCUACAAGUAUCUAACCACUAAUAGCUUUUCUUUUAUAAUUUAUUCGAAUUAUAUUUGAAUAUUUAGUAGCACAAGCUAUAUCAUUUGAUAUCACAUAAAACAAAGGGUAUUCAAAAAUUUGUUGAUACUGCAACAAAGCUAAACAACUGUUAUUUGAAAUAUCUAUAUCAUGAGGUAACUCUGGAAUUCCAAUUAACUAAUUGAAAGUUACCACUGAUGUUUGUUCAUAUGAUAAUAGAUUUUUUUAAGAGAGUUAAUGACAGUAUAGACCAUAACAGUAUUGAUAAAGUAGUAUACUUUGUUUUAAAUAACAGAAAUGCCAGCAAAUCUAUGGUCUGUCUCAAUUGAGGUUAGGUUGCAGUAUUGAAAUAACUAAAUAUAAAUGUAUUGAAAGUAAGUUUAUGAAACCUGUUUAAAUAAAAUUGAAGUGAAAAAGUAAAAAUGAAAAA